GAGCUACCAGAAAACCAGAAGCAAACGCGCAGGGACAAGGACAAGCAAGUUGCCAUUUCCUCCUCGUCGCCUCCGCUUUCCCAAUCCCACUGCCCCCCCCCCCCCCCCCCCCCCCCCAAGCCAAAUCCACCGCCCGAUUCCGCUGCCGCGGCGCCGAUCCCUCCCCCGUCCAUGGCGAUCGGGCCCGGCAGCCGGCUCCCCGACCUCCCAUUCGGCCGAUUCGGAAUUUGAUAAGGCUUUAGAGGCCUCUCCGCCUCCCCGCAGCUCGUCCUGCUCGAUUGCUGAUUUGGCCAGGGGAAAGGGAAUCUUCCGCGGCUGCCGCUUCUGCUGAAUUGCUCUCCGGGCCGGGGGAGGCGGGAUGGGGAUGCUGUUCGUGGAGUACCUCCCGGGGCCCAAGGUGUUCAAGUGCAAGUUCUGCAGGGUUGACUCGGCGUCGCCGGACGACAUUGUGUCCAAGGAGUUCCGUGGCCGCCACGGCCGCGCCUACCUCUUCGAUAGCGUGGUGAAUGUGAGCCUUGGUCCUAAUGAGGAUCGCCAUCUCUUGACUGGAUUGCAUACAGUGAACGAUAUCUACUGUAGCUGCUGCCAACGACUCCUUGGCUGGAAAUAUGCGAAAGCCUACAACGAAGACCAGAAGUACAAGGAAGGAAAGUUCAUACUAGAGAAGAACAUGAUGCUGAAAGAAGGACGUUAGCUGGCGGGAAAAGAUGAUCUGCUGUCCAGUCUGCAAAAGCAGACAUUAGCAACUGCGAAGUGUAGCUAAAGAUUCGUUGAUACUAAUUUCCUGAAUAUUGAUUAUUCUGGUGACAGCAAUCACCACGAAAAUGCAUUUGUGACAUCUGUUGUCCUGUUA